AAAUAACCUAUAUAAUAGUAUUGCGUUUUUGUAUCUCGUGACAUUUAAAUCAUUAUUUUUACGAUACAAAUAAAAAAAUAUGCACUCAAACUAGUGUGGAUAAAUAUGUUAAAAAUAUACAAGAAAAAUAGAGUUAAAUUUUGAUUUGCAAUUAUGGGUCAGACACUUUCCGAACCUGUGACAGUAAAAGAAACCGCUUGUUGCCAAAAUUCUUUGUUCAGAGUUGGUUCAAGUUGUAUGCAAGGAUGGAGAAUACACAUGGAAGAUUCCCAUUCACACAUCCUAUCAUUACCUGAUGAUCCUAACACUGCAUACUUUGCAGUUUACGAUGGCCAUGGUGGAGCCAAAAUUGCCGACUAUGCUGGCAAACAUUUACACAAGUAUAUCAUUAACCGAAGUGAGUACAAAGAUGGCAAUGUGGCAGAUGCCAUGAAACAAGCUUUCCUAGAACUGGACAGGGUUAUGUUGGAUGAAGAAUCUCUUAAAAAUGAACAAUCAGGCACAACGGCUGUUACAAUGAUUAUCAAAGAUAACAAAUUAUUUUGUGCUAAUGUUGGAGACUCCAGAGCUGUGGCAAGCAUAAACGGCAAGGCAACACCACUCUCUAAGGAUCAUAAACCAAGCAAUCCAGAGGAAUUUGACAGGAUUAUGGCAGCCGGUGGAUGGGUCAAUAGUAAUAGGGUUAAUGGAAAUUUAGCAUUAUCGAGGGCAUUGGGUGAUUUUAUUUUUAAGAGGAAUGCAGCCUUUACAGCUGAGCAACAAAUUGUGACAGCAUUUCCGGAGGUGGAGGAACGCGAACUGAACUCCGACUGGGAAUUUCUAGUGCUGGCCUGCGACGGGAUCUGGGACGUGAUGAGCAACGAGGAAGUGGUGUCAUAUGUGCGCGACAACAUCGCCAUGGGCAUGGAACCCAGCGAGAUUUGCGAGAAACUGAUGGACCGCUGCCUCGCGCCCGACUGCGAGCUGAUGGGCCUCGGAUGCGACAACAUGACCGUCGUUAUUGUCGGACUUUUGCACGGAGGUACUUACGAGGAAUUGCAACGUAGAUGUUUGAAGAAAUUCAGCAGUGACGAGGAGAAAGAAGAUACAGAGGAGAUAAAAGAUCCGAUUGAAUAAAUACCGCGAAUCUCUCUUUUUGUACAUAUAUACCCAGUGUUCUAAUAUUGUAAAUAAAAUGUAUAUAAUACUUUAUACCUAUACAAUGUUAUUGUUUCGAAAUAAUCUGCCGCCAGUAAGGGAAUUAGAUGAGAAAUUUGCAACUACAAAAUGAUAUUUUUUACUAUAAUGAACAGCUUGCAAAUCUAUAAACACACUAAGUUCUGGCACCAAAUAUAAAUUGUUAGUUGCGUUAAUUUUAUCUCGUUUAUGGACUUUGUUAAUCUUUAAACAUGAUUAUUUGUAAGAAAUUUGUGUCAUAUUAAAAAUGCUUAUUUAAUAUUUGAUUUCACAAAAAAAUAUGUUGUUAAUGGUAGUGGUAGUUUUAAUUUUUUAUGAAGUUACUAGGCCUGAGUGUUAAAAUAGUUUAUGGGCUGAAAAUAUUUUUAUAAAACAUGUUAAGAUAAAAACUUCUAAUAAAACUAAAUAAAAUAUCAAUUUGUAGUGUAGGCUUUAUAUUUUUAAGCUAAAAAUUAAUUUUGGACGGUUGUUUUAAUGUUUUUGUGUAAGGAUUUGAUAAUUUCAUUUAAAAUUUAAUUCUUAAUAAUUAACUCAGCUGAUGUAGUGUUUAUUAAUUAAGUAUGAUUUGCCAAAGUUUAUUGAUUAAUCAAAUUUCAGCAUUUAUGCGAUUUUUUAUGUAGUCCUAUGAUUUCCUGUGUGCCCAAUAUUAUUAUUAAUAAUUACUAUUAUUAUACUUAGUUCUGUGUAUUCUGUAGUUUAUUAAAUUUAUUCAUUAAAUCUUUCAUAUAAUUUCCUGUUUAACUUUGGUAUGUCAAAAUUUUGUUUUGUAUCGUGUUUAGGUCAUUUAGAAUUGUAUGAUUUUUUGUGUAGACAAUUUAUUAGAAAUACAAGUGGCUGUUAAGAUGUUUUUAUUGUGAAAG